AGCCCCGCCGGCCCCCGCGGACUGGCGGGCGGGCGGCGCGGCACUCGGGCACCGGCGCGCGCUCCCAGCCAGCCGCCGCGAGCCCGCCAGCCGGGGCCAUGGGCUGCGACGGCCGCGUGUCGGGGCUGCUCCGCCGCAACCUGCAGCCCACGCUCACCUACUGGAGCGUCUUCUUCAGCUUCGGCCUGUGCAUCGCCUUCCUGGGGCCCACGCUGCUGGACCUGCGCUGCCAGACGCACAGCUCGCUGCCCCAGAUCUCCUGGGUCUUCUUCUCGCAGCAGCUCUGCCUCCUGCUGGGCAGCGCCCUCGGGGGCGUCUUCAAGAGGACCCUGGGCCAGUCAUUAUGGGUCCUCUUCACCUCCUCUCUGGCCAUCUCUCUGGUGUUUGCUGUCAUCCCCUUCUGCCACAAUGUGAAGGUGCUGGCCACUGUCAUGGCACUGGCGGGCUUGGCCAUGGGCUGCAUCGACACGGUGGCCAACAUGCAGUUGGUGAGGAUCUACCAGAAGGACUCAGCUGUCUUCCUCCAGGUUCUCCACUUCUUUGUGGGCUUUGGAGCUCUGCUGAGCCCCCUCAUUGCUGAUCCCUUCCUGUCUGAGACCAGCUGCGUGCCUGCCAAUGGCACGGUCAGUGUCACCUCCGGCAGCCGCCUGUUCCACGCCUCCGGGGUCCUGGGCCCACACCACGCUGAGGCUCGGCCUCAGGCCAACCAGACGCUCCCCCCGACCCCCCCGCAGGGCGGGGCAGGGACCCGGGUGUCCUACGCCUUCUGGAUCAUGGCUGUGAUUAAUCUCCCGGUGCCCAUGGCUGUGCUGUUUCUGCUGUCCAAAGAGCGGCUGCUGACCUGCUGCACCCAGCGCAGGCCCCUGCUCCUGUCUGCAGAUGAGCUCGCCCUGGAGACGCAGCCGCCGGAGAAGGAAGAUGCAUCCUCGCUGUCCUUGCGCUUUCAGCCACACCCAGGGCAUGAGGACCUUUUCAGCUGUUGCCAGAGGAAGAACUUGAGGGGAGCCCCUUGUUCCUUCUUCGCCAUCCAUGUCACGGCCGCCCUGGUCCUGUUCAUGACGGACGGAAUGACGGGGGCCUAUUCCGCCUUUGUGUAUAGCUAUGCUGUGGAGAAGCCACUCUCUGUGGGACACAAGGUGGCCGGUUACCUCCCCAGCCUCUUCUGGGGCUUCAUCACCCUGGGCCGGCUCAUCUCCAUCCCCAUCUCCUCCAGGGUGAAGCCAGCCACCAUGGUUUUCGUUAAUGUGGUUGGUGUGGUGGUGACCUUCUUACUGCUGCUGGUUUUCUCCUACAACGUUAUCUUCCUGUUUGUGGGGACAGCCAGCCUGGGCCUGUUCCUCAGCAGCACCUUCCCCAGCAUGCUGGCCUACACGGAGGACAUCCUGCAGUACAAAGGCUGUGCCACCACCGUGCUGGUGACGGGGGCAGGCAUCGGGGAGAUGACCCUGCAGAUGCUGGUCGGCUCGGAUGCACCCUGGACUCUCAUCAGUUCCUACCCAAGACAAGCCAGGUGGUGUGGAAGGCUCAGAGUGCUACCAGAGGUAAAACUGGGGGAAGGAGGCAAGCCAAGACGUCCAGCCUCUGGAGCAGCAACACAGACCAGAGUGUUGAAGAAAGCUGGGGACGGAGUGCACGCAGUCUCUUCAUGCCUUGGCUCAGAUAGUCUCCGCUCAUAGCUGGUUGGGUAGAAGACAUUACAUUGAUUUCGGGGACUGGGUCCUCCCCAGGCAAAUCAGUAGAAGUUUACCUGGUUCUUCAAGUUAUCUCCAGUCUUCCAUGGAUCAGACUUUUGUGAAGAGCGGUCCAGUGCCCAGGCCAGCGGGCAGGCAGCACACAUGUCUGCUCCCUCCUGCAUGGCCCACACCCUGGGUUUGGAGAUCACUCUUAAUUGAAGUUUGAAAAAUGGGUUGAAAUUAUAAAGCUUGAUGAUGAUUCACUACACAAAGAUAUAUUUUAAAUUAAUCAAAACAAACCCCACACUAUUUCCUGGCAUGCUGAAAGGAUUUAUAUACUUUUUACCUAUUAAUAAUCCAAAGUCUCUCCAGUUCCUACUGCUGAUAUUUGUUCCUCUGUAAAACAUCAGAAGGAAAAGCUGGAUCGUGUUAUCUGCGGUACACUAAUUCAGUGGUAUGCUGAGCUAGCCCCGACCAGUUUAUAAAAGCUGAUUCUUCAAUUUUCAUUUUGAGAGUUGGUUGUUAAAUGCAGCCAUAAUUAAAAUUUAUAUUUUAGAAACAUAAUUAAAUUACAUUAAAACAAAACUAAUAAAUCCUCAAAAUGCAUCACUUCCCAAUCUUUUUAUAUCUCUGCUUUUGAGGCUAUUUGGUCUAUCCUACUGCAUGGGCAGUGCAGUAAGGGGGGCUUCUGUGCCUCUCCUCCUGGCCCCACCCUCGGGGAGAAGGUGGGGCCUGAGAUCAGCCAGGGUGGGAGCAUUUACACCACAGAAAGUGACAACGCUGCACACCAUGACAUCCCCCUUGCCCCCCCACCCCAGCCGGUGAGGGGCAUUCACCAGCACAGUGCGGCUAGUGAUAAAUGCUCACUGGCUCAGAAGAUGCCUGGGAGGAUGGGACGGAUGUUCUAUUUUUCUUUACUGACAUUAACUAGCUUAGAAAAGGUCAUAGAAAUGGCACUAAGAAUUUUUGAAAAGUGGCUCAUUUAAGUUUUACAUCUUCUUAAAGAUUUAUUUUUAUUUAUUUAUUUAUGCACAUAAGAACUGGGGUGCCAGCCAGCAGUGGUGGGGGGUGGGUAAGAAGAUUCACCAGAGUCAGAGUGGGGAGCAGAACAGGCAAAUCUACUGAAAUACACAGCUGAGGGGAGCAGCGAGUGAGACAGGAGAGGUCUGCUACACCAUGUGGGUCAGCUCCUUGGCCAGGGAUCGAACUCAGGAACUCAGGCUGUAGCAGUGAUAGCGCUGAGACUUAACCCCUAGGCCAACAGGGAGGCCCUAAAUUUUACAUCUUCUAUAGAGAAAAUAACUGUACAUGUCAAGGUUUUUCCCAAAAGCUGGGCAGUGUCUGUUGAGCUGCGGCGGCUGCCCCAGGCGAGGCCUAUGGUGUCACAGCGAGCAUGCAAGCCUGGAACGGGGAGACUUCUGUACGCAGAGAAGCGGCCGCCACAGAGACGGUAUCAUACAGAAGCACACGUAGGCAUGUGGAUCCUGGAUCUCAGUAAGCUGUGCAGGUGCUGUGGUCAGUGCCUGACACACACAGGCUUAGCCAGGUACUUCGCCCACGUCAGCAGUCACGCA